AACAACGGCCUACUCGUCGCAACUCGCAAACCGCAGGAGCGCGGACUGUUUCCCUCCCCACUUCCCCAGUCACGAGGCCUAGGGUUCGUAGGUGGGUCCACUUGCUUACAUGGCCUCUAUGGUUGCCGCCGCGCGCCUCGCCGGCGGGGUCUCGCGGCUGUCGGCUCAGGGUUCUACUGCCCGGGGCCUUCCGCCCGGCAGCCUUCGACUUCCCCCGCCGCGCCGGCGUCUGCGCAGCAGCGUCCGGUGCUGCGUGGUUCGCCAUCCCGGCGGCGGCGGCGGCGUGGACGCGGGGGAGGAGUUCGUCGGGUUCUUCCGGGAGGCGUGGCCGUACAUACGGGGCCAUCGUGGGAGCACCUUCGUGGUCGUUAUAUCCAGCGAGGUUGUGUCGGGGCCACACUUGGACCGCAUUUUGCAGGAUAUUUCACUACUUCAUGGUCUUGGCAUUAACUUUGUUCUUGUUCCGGGAACACAUGUCCAGAUUGAUAAACUAUUGUCAGAAAGAGGAAGGAAGGCUAAGUAUGUUGGUCAGUACCGAGUUACCGAUUCUGAUUCACUAGAAGCUGCGAUGGAGGCAGCUGGCAGAAUAAGGUUAACAAUAGAAGCAAAGCUCUCUCCUGGCCCUCCAAUGUUAAACCUCCGUAGACAUGGUGUUAUUGGUCAUUGGCAUGGUCUUGUGGAUAAUGUUGCAAGUGGCAAUUUCCUUGGUGCUAAGAGAAGAGGGGUAGUUCAUGGUGUUGAUUACGGAUUUACUGGUGAAGUUAAGAAAAUAGAUGUUGCACGGAUAAAAGAAAGGCUUGAUAGUGAUAGCAUUGUUGUUGUGAGCAAUAUGGGAUACUCGAGCUCAGGAGAAGUUCUAAAUUGCAACACUUACGAAGUAGCCACCGCAUGUGCCUUAGCCAUAGAGGCGGAUAAACUUAUCUGCGUUGUGGACGGUCAGAUAUUUGAUGAGAAUGGACGAGUCAUUCAUUUCAUGUCUCUGGAGGAAGCUGAUAUGUUGAUCAGAAAGCGUGCUAAGCAAAGUGAUAUUGCUGCAAAUUAUGUCAAGGUUGUUGAUGAGGAGGACCAUGAACCAUCUUUGAACGGAAAGGGGCAUCUUAAUGGGUACGCUGCUUCUUUUCAAAACGGUUUGGGUUUUAACAAUGGAAAUGGUAUUUGUUCUGGUGAGCAAGGGUUUGCUAUUGGUGGUGAAGAGCGAUUAAGCAGGUCAAAUGGCUAUCUUUCUGAGUUGGCUGCAGCUGCUUAUGUAUGCCAUGCUGGUGUUCAAAGAGUGCAUAUCAUAGAUGGUACAGUUGAUGGAUCACUGCUAUUAGAGUUGUUUACAAGAGAUGGUGCUGGGACAAUGAUUGCGAGGGAUGUUUAUGAAGGAACAAGAAUGGCGACGGAGGAAGAUCUUCCUGGCAUAAGAAAACUUAUCUACCCACUAGAGGAAUCUGGUGUUUUAGUGCGAAGAACAGAUAAAGAGCUUCUUGAAGCGUUGUAUUCAUUCUAUGUUGUUGAAAGAGAUGGUUCAGUAAUUGCAUGUGCUGCUCUCUUUCCAUUUCCCGAGGACAAAUCUGGUGAAGUUGCUGCAAUUGCUGUAUCUGAAGAAUGCCGAGGAAGAGGUAUGGGGGAUAAGUUGCUUGAUUACAUUGAGAAGGAGGCAUUAUCCCUUGGUCUUGGCAAAUUGUUCUUGCUUACUACACGGACAGCCGAUUGGUUUGUGCGACGUGGCUUCUCAGAGUGUUCGAUUGAAUCUAUUCCUGAGCAGAGAAGAAAACGCAUCAAUCUGUCACGUGGAUCAAAAUAUUAUAUAAAGCAGCUCCAGCCAAAGCAUGCUGGUGUCCCUGUCAACAAUUUUGCUGGCAGAUGACAGGACUUCCAAAGAAUUUGGUGAGAGUCAGACGAGAUAUCUGCACUGGUUACAUCAAGGCUUUUAUAUAUGUUUAGUUGUAAUUUCAGAUAGAAAUAUAACUGCAGCCUGUGAUAGCGGCUUAAAUUUUUUCUCUUUUACUUAUGGAUGUAAAAAAGGCACUUUGUGACACAACAGAAAACAAAUAUCAGAGGAAUUUCUAUACAGAAACCAUCUGCAAGCAGUA